CUUUAACCUCAGUUCAUCAUCCCUAUUUCACCCCCCUCAACCAAACCCAAUCUCUCCAACCUUACAACCUGCAAAUUGAUUCCCCUCUUCAACAAUAACAACACUCGCCGCCCUCUGUGGAAUUGAUUUUAUUAAUACCAGUGAAUCAAACCCUCCGAUGAAGAAAUUGUUAGCGUUUCUCCAAAGUUUAUUGUGUUUCGUAAGCAUUACCGAGCGAAUCUAGACUUAAAGCUUUUCUGGAUGAAAAAGAAGCAAUCUUCUUCACAUACAUGUGAUGAGUCACUAUGUGGGGACUAGCGGAGACGUCGGUGAUGUUAUACAGUGUACACCCUCGACGGUGUUGGGUUACGCAGGCGCUAGGUUUCCUUCCUCCAGAUCCUACCCUAAUUUCUGCCCUGCAAAAAUCGGAUGUGAAAAGUCUAAUUUGGGAGUAAAUCUUCAAAGUAAGGAAGAAGUUGCUGUUAAGUUGGAAUCUGUUAAAACCAAACACCCACAGCUUCACUAUGAGGCCAAGUUGUACAUGCUACUUCAAGGAGGAACUGGUAUUCCCCACCUUAAAUGGAUUGGAGUUGAAGGAGAAUACAAUGCUAUGGUUAUCGAUCUACUUGGACCAAGUUUAGAAGAAUUAUUUAAUUGCUGUAACCGGAAAUUCACUUUAAAAACGGUUUUCAUGCUUGCCGAUCAGUUGAGUUGAAUGUAUGCAUCCACGAGGUUUCCUUCACCGUGAUUUAAACCCAGAUAACUUUUUGAUGGGUUUAGGGCGAAAGGCAAAUCAGGUUUACAUUAUAGAUUACGGUCUGGCCAAAAAGUACAGGGAUCUCCAGACACAUAAGCAUAUACCAUACAGGUAUAGGAUUUCAUUAUGCAAAAAUUUCAGCGGAAAUGAUGUUAUUUUACUAUUUGCUAGCUGUUAGGCAUCACAACUGUAUACUUUUUAAUUUUUAUUCUAGAGAAAACAAAAAAUCUCACUGUUACUGCUCGUUAUGCUAGUGUUAAUACCCACCUUGGAGUUGGUAAGUGAUCUUGCUCAUUUAGUCA